AUGGCAGGACGAGGACCAGGAACAACCGCAACUGCAUCGGGUCCAUGCUCCGGUGGGCAAAGCGAUCCAGCAAGUGAAGCUACAAGGAAACCAUUGAAGGAUGCAUGGGAUAAAAACUGGACAAAUUUAACUCAGAAUGGACAAUCUGCCCAGAAAGGGGUCAUUCCGGAUGAAGUGAAGAGUAAAAUGGCGAGAAUGUUCAAGGAAUUGGAAGACUACAUGGAUUGGUCGAAGGCCACUGGUCGUGCCCCAGGUGCAUGUGCAGGGCUGAAUGGAGGGAGCAAGCAGGGGACAUAUCAAAUGAAGAAUAUAUGUAAGGUAUUAGUGCAGGUAGUCUACUGGAUGGGAAAUUUGGAUAAGAAUGAGAACAAAAGUAGUAACACUGUAGAACAGGAUUGGGAGAAAUAUUUAAGGUGUGCAAUAGGGAAUGGUAUUAUAUUGAGGAUCCUCUUACCUAAGUGUAAAGUAGAAAAAUUUAUGGAAGUUAUCUCUGAAGUUAUGAGAAAAGGUGGUAGUCAAAAUAAAGCAUCAAGUGUGGGUAGUAUAUGUGACUGGGUUAAAAUGGAUGAUAUGAGAGAAAUGGAAGAGCUCAUUGGGGAUGAAGUACAACAAUUCUUAAAUAAAGCAAAGCAGGAUUCGGGACUCGGCAAAAUUGAGGGGGUCAAUAAUGUAGUAGCUUGGUUUAGAUGUACAGAUGAGGAGAAAACAAAGGAGGGAAAUCAGGAAAAAACUUGUAGUAGUGAUCGAAUUAUAGACUUUCUACCAGCGGGGUUGUCAAAAGAAUUAAACGUAUUAGUCGAUCCAUUAGAAAAAGCUAAGGAUUGCAUCCAACGGAACAUAGACAAUAACAGCAACGCCGCCAGCAGCGGCAGCGUCCCCAGCAUGGGCAAAUUGUGCAAUCGCCUAAGUUGCAUAGAAACUUAUUUAAAGACAACUGCAAGGACAGCUGCAGCAGCAGCAGGAACGGGAAAGACGACACCUACCGAUGCACUAUGGAACGACGUCCAAACUCAAGUCACCGAACUUGUCACAAACAUAUCUGCCAAUGGGGGGGAAAACGAUGAUACAGACGGUCUAUGCAAUGACAUUACAUGCCCCAAUGGUAGUGCAGACUGUGUGAGCAAAACAGCAUGCAACAUUAUGGUUAAAGCAUUAAAGGAAGUACAUAAAAAUGGGGAUGAUGACACAAGUUCGGGACCACUCAAAUUGAAUAACCCAAUAUUUCGUCCUACCAUUCGUUGUGUAAUGCUCAAUGCAUUCGCAGAGAAAUUAAAACAACAUGCUCAGGGGGGUGGUUAUGCUUGUGCCGUCGAAGACGGCAUAACUAAAGCAUUUGCUGCAGCGAAGGGGGGGAGUAAAUAUAAGGAAUGGUGUAGGAAGGAUGGUAAGGAGGAUGGUCCCUGUGAGCCCUGCGGGAAGGAGCAUCAGGUGUGCACUGCUCUUAAAAUUGGAAGCACCACCCUGGUGAGCGAAGUAAUGAAGGAGUUAGACACGAACAACACCACCAACACCCCCAAAAUGCAACAAACCUUAUCCGAAAUAAGUAAUAAGGUCACUUUAUGUGAUCGUAUGAAUUGUAUAAUCAAACAAUUAAAACCAGCGAACCCAUCCCACACACAGAAUGCAGGCACCAUCAGCGCGGACCAAUUCUGGGGUGAGAAGGGUGAUGUUAUGAAAUUGUGGAAUGAAUUGGCACAGAAAAUGAAGGACAGUAAUGGCAAUGUCACUGGAAGUGGAUGUGAUUCAUUUGGAACUGACGCUGAAAGGAAGGCAUGCAAGUAUUUGCAUGCCGGCUUCAUCGAACUGAAGAGUAUUGAUACGUCUAACGGAACUAAAUACCCCACCCUGUCUAAGAAAUACCCAUCGUUUGGACAAACGAUGGGUUGUUUUUUACUCCAUUCCUAUGCAAAAUAUAUGCAGAAGGAGUCGACUUGUAAUAUUGAAAAUGGAAUAAAAAAAGCUUUUGGUUCAUGGAAUUCAACUACUAAUGAUAAAUGCACGGACGGUAGUCCGUGCAUUCAAUGCAACUGGGAUGAUACCGACUAUGACAACUGCAAAAUUAACACAAAUGGAGGCAGUGGCACCACAGUCCAGACGGCAGUAAAGACGAAAUUGGAAAAGUUUUUCAAUAAGGACAGCGACACCAACAUAAAACAAAUGCUAACUAAAAUAAAUAAAAUGAAUGGAUUAUGUGACCAUAUGAAAUGUAUAGCAACCCACCUAAAUUCCCCAAACGGACAACAAAAAUCAUCGAAUACAUCUGCGAAAGAAUUUUGGGAGGAGGACACGGGCGAGGUCCAUAAGUUGUGGGAAGUAUUGUCCGAAGCAAUGAAGACAAAUGGGGGCAAUGACAACGGAAAUGGACAUUGCAAUCAAGUGGGGGAUGACGAUAGAACACCGACCGACCCCGAAAAGAAGGCAUGCAAUUAUUUGCAUGCCGGUCUUAAGUACUUAAAGGAAAAUUCAACAUCUAACGCCAAUGACAACAAAAUCCUAUCGAAACAUACAUCGUUGAAACAAGCGAUGGGUUGUUUCCUUCUUAAAGCAUAUGCAAAACAAAUGCAGAAAAAAUCGACUUGUGUCAUUGAUACUGGUAUAGAGAAAGCUUUCCAUUCGUGGAGUCCAAAUACUAAGGGUACUUGCAAUGGCACGGAACCUUGUGUUCCUUGCCAAUGGGAGGAUAACGAAUAUGACAGCUGCCAAGUUAACACAAAUGGAAGCACUGGCACCACAACACCAACGGCAGUAAAGCCCAAAGUGGAAGACAUCGUCAAUAAUAGUGAACCCGACACUGAGUCCAUCAUAACUAACAUAAAUAAAAUGAAGGAUUUAUGUGAUGGUUUACAAUGUAUAGCAUCCCACUUAAAUCCCUCAAACGGAAAACAACCGAGUACAACUGCGAGCACAUUUUGGACGGAAGGCGGCGAAGUGGGACAACUUUGGACAGAAUUGUCCGAAGCAAUGUUACAAAAUGUGGACAAGGACAACGGAGGUCCAUGUGGGACGAUGGAUGAUGGCAGUGCCACUGGCAGUGGCGCUGCCAAUGGCACUAGACCUGCCACGAAACCUGAAAGGAAGGCAUGCAAUUAUUUGCAUGCCGGAUUAAAAAAACUGAAGGACCUUUCAGUUCCCACGACAUCUCAAACCAGUAACGGCAAAAUUUUGUCUAACCCACUGUUGAGACAAACAGUGGGUUGUUUACUUCUUAAAGAAUAUGCAAAACGAAUGGAGGGAAAAUCGACCUGUGCUAUCGAAUCAGGUUUACAGAAAGCUUUUGCGGUUGGUGGUAAAUGCACGAACAAUAGUGGUUCGUGCAUUGAAUGUAAAUGGGAUGAAAAUUUGGAAGGUUGCGACGUGAAGGUUGGCAAUGGCACUACCAAGGUUCAGGAUAAAGUGGAUCCAAUACUCAUGUCAAAUGAGCCAAGCAUAAAAGCCGUCACUGAACACAUGAAUGAAAGGACCACUUUAUGUGAACAACUCCAAUGUGCCGCAUCCAAUUGGUUCAAAAACCAAAUAAACGGUAGCAGUAAUACUGGUAAUACUAAGAAGACUUGGUGUGACUUCUGGGAGAAGGAAGGUGUUAAACCAACAUUGAAAGCAAUGUUCGAACACAUCGAGCAGAAUGGAAAGGACAACCCCAAUGGUCCAUGUAAAGACUUUGGUGAUGGUAAUGAACAUAGUGUCGAAAGAAAAGCAUGUAAUCAUAUCGCAGCAGGAUUAAAAUACAUUAAGGACAGUACAAGCAAUGGUAGUACUACCCCUAAGAAUGGUCCUGGGGACCAUGAUAAGUUCUUUAAACAAACUAUGUUGUGCGCAGCACUUAACCUUUACGCAACUAAAAUAAGGGACGCUACGGAGAAAAUUUGUCCCAUUGGUGAGGAAAGAAUAAAAAAAAUGUUUGUUGAUUGGAAUCAACAGAAUAAUAAUUCUUCGUCCUGGACUUCUUGUUCGAGUUCAGUUUACGGUUGUUUUAAGUGUGAAAGGAAUGAAAAUUUUAAUGAUUGUCACCUGAGCGUCUCAGACGCUCUGGUGGAUAAAACACCAAACAGUGGAAAUUGUAAUUCUAACAAUGGCAGAGAAAAUGUCCAAACUGAAUUAAAUAAAUUCCUCAACAUCGAAGACAACCAAACCCAAUCCAUUUCCGAAGUGAAGAAAACAUUAUCCACCAUAAAUAAAAUGGACGACAAUUUCUGUACUCAAGUCCAAUGCGCAAUAAAAAAAAAACUAAAGAACGAAGGAAAAUUUUCAAAAGGAAAGACACCAUCUUGGGAUGCCUUGAGGGAUAAAAUCGGAAAUGAAUUAACGGCACUUUUAAAUAAUAUGAACGACGCUACAAAGCAGUCGGACGCUGCCAAAUAUUGCAAUGACGCCAACGUCCCAUGGAAUACUAAGGGCCAUACAGAAAGGCGAACAAAUAGCGCAGCUUGUUUGCACUUUUCUGCAGGACUGCAGCACAUUUAUGGCCGCCCCAGCGGCCCUAAGUUGGGCCCUGUUAAUGGCCCAUCCUUUGAACAAACGAUGGGUUGUUUAUUUCUUAAAGAAUAUGCAAAACAAUUGCAAAAAGUGGCAAAUGAGAAGAAGCAAGGACAUAGUUGGGUUCAUCCCUAUUGUGACAUAAAGGCGGGCAUAGAUCAAGCUUUCAAUAAAAGUAAAGACAUUAUGGAAGCAUCACCUUUAUGCAACAAGAAUGGUAGUACUGAUUCUUGUUUUGUAUGCAAAAUUGACCAAGAUUAUGGAACUUGCUCCAUUGGCACUGACAAUGUAGGAAGUGAAGUUCAUAAAUUGUUCGAAGACCAACAGAACAAAAACCAAAUGGAAAAAACUUUAGAGAAUACAGUCUGUCCCAUCCUUAUUACGGAUCUCCUUACCCCUUUUGUUCCUUUGGCUCCUGUCUCCAUUGGCCUUUCUGCUAUGGCUUAUUACCUUUGGAAGUAUUUUGGUCCUCUUGGUAAAGGAGGAGCACGUCUCAGAAGAUCUCCUACUGAAAUUCCUGGUCCAUCAGUACAGGAACAAGUCCUCGAUCAUGUGCAGCCAGAAGCCGGUCCACAUGAAUAUCAAUUGGUGAAGGAACGAAAACCUCGUUCUGCUCCAACGAGAACGAAACGUUCUGGUCGCGUGAAUCGUCGAACGAUUAUUGAAAUUCAUUUUGAAGUGUUGGACGAAUGUCAAAAAGGAGACACACAAUUGAACCAGAAGGAUUUUCUGGAACUUUUGGUUCAAGAGUUCAUGGGAUCGGAAUUUAUGGAAGAAGAACAGGUUCCUAAGGAAGAUGUUCUUAUGGAAGGUGUUCCUUUGGAAAGUGUUCCAAUGGAACUUGUUCCAAGUUUAGGUUCCGGGCUUAUGGUUUAG